GUAAAAACUGACGAUAGGUGGCAUAAGUGUUUUCCGGAAUAUGGAACAUAUAUUUCUGUAAUUAAUACAUUGUUGGUUGUAAUAGUUAAAGGCUGGAAGGAUUGCGUAUUUCUUCUGGAAUGUUAAUCGUAUAUUUCUUAGGAGACCAUUGUUUGUAGUAUUUCUGUGAAUCGCGUGAGCUAUUCUUGUAAAAUCACGUAACCUUGAAUUGGGAGUAGACAUGGAAUUUGUGGAUGAAACUGUUGUGUUAAAUUUGUAUUUUCUGUGAUGGAACUUUUCUCCGUAGGAGUUAGGAAUGUUGACUGAAAUUAUUAAGUUGUCACUACAUCGUUAUUAAUUGUAAUGAAAAAAUAACGAACCGACAAUGAGCACGCGUAAGACAAACAGUGCGACAGCACGCCUAAAACAAGACUAUUUGCGGCUGAAAAAGGAUCCAGUUCCUUAUGUUGUAGCAGAACCACUACCAUCAAAUAUCCUAGAGUGGCAUUAUGUUGUCACAGGUCCAGAAAGCACACCUUAUGAAGGAGGGCUGUAUCAUGGGAAACUCGUGUUUCCACGAGAAUUUCCCUUCAAACCUCCUAGCAUAUACAUGAUCACGCCAAAUGGAAGGUUCAAGACCAAUACUCGCCUGUGUCUGUCCAUAAGUGACUUUCAUCCUGACACUUGGAACCCUGCAUGGAGUGUGUCCACUAUUCUUACUGGCCUCCUCAGCUUUAUGAUUGAGAAAAGUCCGACACUGGGAAGUAUUGAGUCAUCUGAGUAUGAGAAGAGGCAGCUGGCUGGUCAGAGCUUGGACUUUAACCUCCGAGAUAAGGUGUUUUGUGAGCUGUUCCCAGACAUGGUUACUGACAUCAAGACUGAACUUGAAAGAAGGGCAGAAGCAGAACGAGCUGCUCGAAGCAACCCCCAGUCUGUAACAUCAAAUGACAUGCAAGCACUCUUACGGAAUCAGUUUGGCAACAAUGACCAAAGUCCGCUCCACAGUGCCAUUACAAAUAUCUGUGUCAUCAUAGGAUUUGCAGCUUUUGCUUACACCGUCAAGUAUGUGCUGAGGAGUAUAGCAACAGAGUGAGAUCGCAGCACCAUUAUGAUGACAGUUUGUGGUAAUGCUGUGAUGUGAUCAUCAAUCAGAAAGUCUGUCAAUGAUUGCAAAUGAUGGUCCCUUUCUCCCCACCUCCAAUAAACAGACUGCAAAGUAUGGUUUAUCUGUAGUUUCAAAUUUCUGUUUUCAUUUAUUUCUCAGGGCUGUACAUUUUUGCCUGCAGGCCUAACAUUUUUGAUGGAAGUUAAAAUUAAGGGCACAUGCUUGGUUAAAUUCGUGGAUUGGAUGAAAAUAUUAGUUGGUAUAAGAGGCUAAUAAAAUUUGACUUCCUGUGCAAGUAGAUGGACAUGUGUGACAGAAGAAUUCAGAAGCAUUUGUCAAUAAUUGCCAGAGCUGGAUGAAAAUCCAUCAUCCAUUGGUUUGCUGAUUGAAGUAACAUAUUGAAUUAUUACUUUAUUAUGAUCAUAAACAUUUUCUUUUGAAAUUUAUCCCUAGAAGUGCCAAUUUCAAUUCCUGCAAUACCAAGCCACAGUCUUAAGUUGUCAGAGCUUCUAUUUGUUAUGGAUAAAUAAUAUAAUGUCUUGAAGAACUUCAAAUUUAAAAAGAACUGUUCCUCCAGAUGAUUCUUGACUAUAUAGUUCAGAUAAAAUGCCUUCAGAUGUCACAUGCUGUCAUGUAGCAGUUUUUAUAAAGGGCAAGAUUUUUGACACGGCAAUUGUAAGGUUGAAUACCAAGUUAUGAUAUUGAAGUAUUUAUUCCCCUUACUUCUUCACUCUUACAUUAUGUGUUGCCAGCAAUGGAUGAAAGUCUCUUGAAUUGGACUGUGCCUAAUGGUACUUGGAAAUUUCACUUUCUCUUUGUUCCUUUUAUUUUUAGUGUUACUGUUAUCACAAUAUAUUUGUCAGUGCUAGAACCCUUUGUCUGCAGAAUGUGUACUCACUAUAGACCUGAAUGUGCAGUCAGAAUAAGUUCACUAACUGCAGUAUUAGGUUGUUCUCAGCCACAAAAAAAAAAUAAAUAUUUACUUGAAUAAGUUCUUAAAAUGGAAUGUAAUUUGAAGAAACAUUCGUCAUCCAAUAUGUGGCAGUGAAUAUUAAGUUUAUGGUAUUCUUGGGUCAGAUGCUAUACAGUUUUGUAGAUAGGUACCAGUGUUUUGGAUUAACCUAAUACCUUCAUCUUUUAACCUGGAGUUAGAAGCAGCAGGUUCUUCCAAAAUAUUUGUAUCUAUCAAACUGAAUGGUAUAUGGUACUGUGAUAUUAAAUCCGUGUCAGAAAACUGUCAAUAGAACAGUAAGAUCUGAAGGAAUAGAUAUAUUGAAUUGUCUUUAAAUUGGAAUUUGUAUGUUGUAUGGGAUUUAUAUUUAAGUAACUGGAAAGAUUAGGAUAAUAAUAUUAAAAGUAAUAGCAGUAGUUCAACAUACACUUUAUUCUCAAACUGUAUGAUCACGUAAGUUAAAUGAACAAAUGUUCAGUCCCCAUUUAAAUUACAGGUAGCUAUAAAUUUAUGAUGGCUCCCAGUAAUCAAUAGUAAUAAUCUCAGUUGUCAGGUUCCUCACAGUCUCUGUAAAUUAAGGUCAUUGAUCCUGUACUGAGGCCACAGAAAGAAGGGAUAGAUAGACCCAUCGACACCUCCCUGAAGCUUUUACUCUUUCCUCUCCAGUGAUUGUCCCUAUAUUCCCCUUGAGCCAUCAGCCAUUCACACAAAUAUUGGUAAUGAUAACCAUGUGAUAACUUUCAGACAUGAUAUGUGCUUUGUGAUGACUGGCAUAGAUCAGAGAAAUUAGGCAGAAAGGGGAAAGCCACAGUGUCAUCCUCCCCACCAUCCUUGGGACUUCUCUCUGUGACUGCAGUAUAGUUCAUGGAGUAGCAUGGUGCAGGUUCUUCUGAAUGAUCAAAGAAAAUGUCAUCAGCUACCCAAAUGAUGCACCACUGUUCCAUUUUAUAGCCUUAAUGACCUUACAUUCCAGCUCUGAAGUCUCAAAAUUUGUCCAGAGUCCAAAAUCAUCAUUGGUUACAGUUAAUGGUUUUGGACUAUCCCAUGAUCUGCCAUUGAUAUGUACUAGACCAUAGUUUUCUAAAGCUUUAAACAAUACUACUCAUCUCUAAAGAACCGUUAACCAGUAACUUUUACCAUUGAUAAUGAAGGAUGUGUCUCUGUGCCUUCCCACUAGUGCACAUAUAAGAUAUCAGUAAUAAUUACAUAAAUUUGAAAGAGAUGAUUAUUAGUAUAUUGACUAAUAAUUAAGCUGAAUAUAUGAUCAGUUUCAUACAGCCAACUAAAAAUGUAUACAUAGGACAUAGAUUCAGACAUGUUAAUUUCAUGAUGUUUUGUUAUUGAAUUGAAUAUAAUUUAAUUGCAUAAUC